CUCGUCGAAGCUAACAAGAAAGAUGCUGAACCACAUUUCAUCCGUUGUUUAUUUUCGGCCGUUGAUUUUUCACCGUAUGAACCAAAGACUGGUCAGAAGGAUAUCCACCAGGGCUUUGGUCCAUCCCGCCAACUUCUGCCACAGAUCGCUCGUCUGCUGAAACUCAAUCGAGUGCAAGAGGUGGUAUUGGGUUUGGCGCUUACCCAGUCCAGUAAUGCUCAGUUAGUCUACUACGCACAACAAUGGAUACGUCAGAAACUACCGGAGUUGGUUCGAACGCAUCUGGCUGAAAUAGAAUCUUCUGAAUCGAUUGGUUCGACUGGGCAUGACGAUACCGCCACGGAUGCUCAUAAACCAACAUCGCUGGUUGUUUCUGGGGCUCGUUCGACAACUAGCUCUAAGGGUGUAUUGCAUGACGUCGGUAUCGAAAUCCUACACUAUCUAGUCACUCAUAUGCUGGAUGACUCGGAACAUUUUGGUGUCUCAGACCAGUCGUUACGAAGUUUACUCAGUGGUCUUCGGCGAGAAUUUCCGCGUUCGCUAAUGCCUAUCAGCCUGUCAGCCCUGUUUCAUCCCGACAUAGUCGAGCUGAGUCCGACUCGUGCCUUAUGUCCUGGGACGAGCUUGACCGUAUUAGUCUCUGCGGCCACCUCCAGACAAAUCACACUUCCCAGUUGUGAUGGUGGUCAUUUGGCUCGUGAAUCCGCCAGUUUAGAUACACCUGCGGACCCAGCGGGAUACCUCCAAACGGGCUUGGGUGAUAGCGCUAUACCCGAUCCCGGCAUUGUGGCUGAUCUGUUGGAAGAGCUUGGUCCAGCCUGUACACAAACGUAA